AUGUGGAAUUGCAAGAGUUUGUUCCCUGUGUUGAUAUUUUUAUUAACACUUACAUCCUUUAUCACGUGCGAGGAAAAAGAAAAUCACUUAAGCACGGACACGAAGAAUUUUAUAGGAGAUGACGAUGUUUCCUAUUGGGAUGUUAACCAAGGUCCAAGGUUAAAACGCGAAACCUCACAAAACACCACAAGUUCUAAUGACACAGUUGUCUCGCAUCCGUCAAGCUCUUCUACAGAGAGCUCCCACAUAGUUUAUGAGGUUGGUCCUUCUAAUUCUUCGAUAUUGGCGGUCGUUCCUGUUAAUAUAUCAUCAUCACCUGCUCCGAACGCCUCCGAUGUGAGUCCUUCUGAUGCUGCUCCACUUCCUGGGAAAAGUUCAGCUGAAGAUGAACAUAACAGUUCAAUGGCAAUAUUCUUUGUACUUUGCAUAUUGGCCCUGGGAAUACUUCUGAUUCAUUUAAUGUUGCAAACUGGUUUCUCUUAUUUACCCGAGAGUGUUGUUAUAGUGUUCCUUGGAGCGCUUAUUGGUAUGAUUAUUAAUCUCAUGUCAAUAAGAAAUAUUGCCAAUUGGAGGAAAGAGGAAGCCUUUUCUCCAACAGCUUUCUUCUUAGUUUUACUACCUCCUAUAAUCUUUGAAUCUGGCUAUAAUCUCCAUAAAGGUAACUUUUUCCAGAAUAUUGGUUCUAUUUUACUCUUUGCUAUAGUCGGAACUGCUAUAUCUGCGUUUGUAAUUGGUGCAGGCAUUUAUUUGUUAGGAUUAGCCCAAGUGGUGUAUAAACUAAGUUUUGUGGAGUCAUUUGCUUUUGGAUCUCUUAUAUCGGCCGUUGAUCCUGUGGCUACGGUGGCUAUUUUUCAUGCUCUCGAUGUGGAUCCCGUUUUAAACAUGUUGGUAUUUGGAGAGAGUAUUCUUAAUGAUGCUGUUGCAAUUGUUCUUACAACGGCUGUGUUAGAUUCAAAUGACCCUCUUAUGUCUACGACCGAGGCUAUUUUAUCAGCGAUAAACCGUUUCUGGUUAAUGUUCUUUGCAUCGGCCGGCAUAGGUGUUUUAUUUGCUCUGAUUAGUGCGCUACUUUUAAAACAUGUUGAUUUGAGAAAGAAUCCUUCUUUAGAGUUUGGUAUGAUGUUGGUAUUUACUUAUGCACCAUAUGUCCUUGCUGAAGGAAUACAUUUGUCUGGUAUAAUGGCCAUCCUAUUCUGUGGUAUAGUAAUGUCACACUAUACACAUUUCAACCUAUCGACGGUUACUCAAGUUACAAUGCAACAGACUAUGAGAACACUUGCCUUCAUCGCUGAGACCUGCGUCUUUGCCUAUCUGGGUUUAGCUAUAUUCAGUUUUCGCCACCGAGUUGAGCCGGCUUUAGUGGUAUGGAGUAUAGUUUUAUGUUUAAUUGGAAGGGCCGCAAACAUCUUUCCAUUAGCCUUACUAUGUAACAAGUUCCGUGAGCAUAAAAUAACAAAGAAAAUGAUGUUCAUCAUGUGGUUCAGUGGUCUAAGGGGCGCUAUUUCCUACGCUCUGUCUCUUCACCUCGACUUUUCCGAUGAAACUCGACACGUUAUUAUAACAACUACUCUCAUUAUUGUACUUUUCACUACUCUUUUCUUCGGAGGUUCUACUAUGCCGUUACUGAAAUUUUUGAGAGCCAAUAAGAAAGUGAAACGUUCAAGGCCGUUACGUAAACAGAAGGAAGUGAGUUUAUCUAAGACUAAGGAGUGGGGGCAGGCGAUCGAUUCUGAACACCUCUCGGAAAUAACGGAGGAGGAAUUGGAGGUUAAUUAUUCACAUGCAACGAGAUUGAAGGGUUUCGUCAGAUUAGACCUGAAAUAUUUGAUACCAUUCUUCACUAGAAGAUUCACACAUCAGGAAUUAAAGGAUUGCAAGAGCCAAAUGACGGAUCUAACUAAUCAAUGGUACCAGGCCAUCAGAAUAUCCAAUGAUCACGACACAGAUGAAGAUGAAACUCUUCAGGCGAGCUCAUUAUCAAACUCCCACACAAGCCUACAGAGAGGUGUAUGA